UCUGUAUCGUGUGCGCUUGUGCAGGUUCAUUCUAUUCCAGUGGAGAGUGUUAUUAUAAGGCCUAGAAUUUAAUGCACCUGCAUUGAGGGAAAAACUAAUCUGUUGAAUUAGAUAUUGUGACAAAUGCUCUUUUGACGCGUUAUUAGCAAAUAACACAAUCCAGAUAAAAAUGGCUGAAUUACCGAUGGGGAAAGGGGUAUCCGCAGGAAAAAUAGCAAGCAAUGUACAGAAAAAAAUUACAAGGGCUCAGGAAAAGGUUCUCCAAAAGCUUGGCAAGGCAGACGAGACUAAAGAUCUGGCAUUUGAAGAGGGUGUGAUCAACUUCAACAAACAGCUGAUCGAAGGUAGCAAACUGCAGAAAGACCUGCGGGCCUAUUUGGCCGCUGUGAAAGCCAUGCAUGAGUCUUCUAAACAUCUGUACGAGUGCCUGGAUGACAUGUAUGAGUCUGACUGGUACGGCAGAAAGGACGUGGACUCACUUUUUGAGGAUUCAGACCUCCUUUGGACAGACUUCCAUCAGAAACUUGUGGACCAUGCGCUUAUAUCCAUGGACACUUACCUGGGCCAGUUUCCUGACAUUAAAGCCCGAAUUGCAAAGCGUGACAGGAAGCUGGUGGACUAUGACAGUGCACGACACAACUAUGCUGCAGUAAACAAAGGCAAGAAAAAGGAGGGGAUCAAGAUCACCAAGCCAGCUUCCCUGCUGGAGAGGGCCGCACCAGGCUGGGCUCAGGGGAUCCUGUCUGCCCAUAACGUGGCUCAAACCAGCCUCUCCAGGAGUCAGGCAGAGGAAGAGCUGGAGAGGGCACAAAAAGUGUUUGAGGAAAUUAAUAUCGAUUUGCAGGAGGAACUGCCAUCUCUGUGGAACAGUCGUGUUGGCUUUUAUGUGAAUACAUUCCAGAGUGUGGCUGGUCUGGAGGAGAAGUUUCACAGAGAAAUGGGAAAAAUUAAUCAGAAUCUGAAUGAUACGCUGGAGAAAUUAGAAAAUCCGGAUAUGUCCAGAAAAACAGAUUGCCAAGGGGUGAGGACAUCAACAGCCCAGAAGAGUGAAAGAACGCAAGAUGCCAAUCACACAUUGAGCCCAGGAGGACCACCAGCCAUUCCCAAAUCACCGUCCAAGCUAAAGCCUGCGGUUCCUCCACCUCCUAAAGUUACUCCAUCAAAGGAUAUGAAGCAGGAGAACAUUAUCAAUCUGUUUGGUGAGGCUGCCACUCCAAACAUCAAUGUCACUUCGCCAACACAGUAUGAUGCUCCAGCCACUGCUAAUCUGCUGGAUAUGGAUCUGGACUCACUUCAGGCUGCCACCACACCAGCCGCACAGACUUGGGAUUCAUGGGAGCCAGCAGAGAACGAAGCUGAGGUGCCUCAGACAUGGGACGAUGAUGGCACCCAGCCUGUGCACUCUGGCUGGGGUGAUGAUGGUACCCAGGCUACCUGGGAUGAUGAUGGUAGCCAACCUGUGCGUGCUCCGGCCGCAUUCCCCACCUGGGAUGAUGAUGGUUCUCAGCCUGUGCAGGGGAAUGACAAUGAUUCUACCCAGCAGGCCCAGGGGUGGGACGAUGAUGGGGCUCAGGCCACAGAAAAGAUAGCUGUUACAGAAGAGGCAGUAACUGAAACCGUAAAUGAAACUGCACAGGCGACCACUGAGAGCACAGAGAGUGUAGAGAUGCCAGAAUCCCUCUUGUUCAAAGUGAAAGCAAUGCACGACUACAAUGCCAAUGACGCCGAUGAGUUGGAGUUGAAGGCCGAAGAUGUGGUGCUGGUACUGAACUAUGAAAACCCAGACGAGCAGGAUGAAGGGUGGUUAAUGGGAGUCAAAGAGUCCGACUGGAUUCAGCAUAAAGAUCUUGGGAAAAAAGGAGUCUUUCCUGAAAACUUCACCCAGAGGAUGUGAGAGCCUGAGAUCCGCUUGACCUGUUGUUAACCCUUCUAUAUAACUCCUUAUUGCUUCCCUUCAAAAUGCAAACAAAAAAACUGGACUACACCAACAAAUGCGCAGCCACAGGCGAUCUGCUGGUUAUGUUUGUGAAAGUUGUUGAUAGGUUAGUCUUUGCAUUGUUGUGACCGUGUCUCAUAUUUGUCACGGUGCAAAUAUAAGAAGAUUGAAACAACCUUUGACAAAAUAAGUGGUUUUCUGUUAACUAGUUUUGCCUUUUUUAAUAGAUGGAGUAACAUACGCAAAGUAAGUCCUUGCUGCAAAUGUUUUUAGACUAGAAAUUCUUAACCAUGUCCCAUUUUGUGUGGAAAUGUUUUGAAGUCAUAUCCCAGAUGAGUCUAAUACUGAGCACUGUUUGAGCUGCAUGAUAUAUAUAUAUAUAUAUAUAGUUAUGUCACAGGUGGAAGCACACAGUAUUUCUUUUUAAAUGGUGAUUAAUAUUCCUCUCGAGACUGGAAUGCACUACAAAUCUUUUCAAAUCUAAACAGAUAAAAAAAAAAAACAUUAGGCAUCGUACACUUGCCAUCUUAGUAAAUAGUUACAGAGGAAAAACUGGGCAUCAAACACUAAAUGACCGAGGGUCACAAACUACAAACGAUUUUAAAGUUGCUCCGAACACAACAAACUUAUUGUUUCUUGGAGAUGUGUGACAUAUAAAAGCAAUAUGUGUUCUAAAAUCAGCUCAAGAUAUUAAAAAUGGUUAAUAUCCUCUGAUCGGAUGGAAUCACAGGCUAAGCUAAAAUGCAAUUUUCUGUGAAAUCAGUCAACUCCAACUGCCCAAAAUCUGCAGGCUUUAUCUGACUUUCAGCAACUAGCGCUGACUCCUCCAGACUGUAAAUUAGGGCAAAAAUCUAUACAUAAGUCAUGUAGUGAAUUCCAGUCUUCAGUUACAUAGUCCUACAGUAUGACAUCUGAGCAAUCCUUGAUGGAAAUUGAGAUCUACCAGCUCCAUUUCUGCAUGUUUAAAUCAGAAACAAACUAAAAAGUUCAAAUAAAACAGACUAAUAUAGUUAAAGGAGUAUUUUAUCCUUCUCAUUAACAAACAAAAAACAUAUGCACUCAUUCCAUAUGCAGUUAAUGUCGACACUAAUGAGGCUGACGUAUUUAACCCCAGACUCUUGCUCAGGUUACAUUUAUAUGAACCUGUGUGCUGUCUUUCACUCUUAUACACAAUAUUACUGAUUUUUUUCUUUUUUGAUGAAGCCAUUUUAGAUAUUAAUGUGAUUAAUAUUGUACUUCACUGUGCAAACGAAGUCAUAUACACAUAAUCUGUCUCGGUCAUUUAGUAAAACACACGGUUUGUAUUCAGUGAAGGAGAAUUUCUGUCCUUCUUAACAUGAAAUGCAAUAAUCUCUGCACAGAUUUUUAUUUCUUUAUGAAUUGUAUUCAUAGACACGUCGGAGAUAUUGGAUAUUGGCAUUUUGUCAUUUGAAAGUGAAUAUUAAUGCUCACUUGUGUGAGUUUUAAUACAGUGCAACAUUCAAAAGUGACUCAGAAUAUGCAUAAUAUGAAUUCAGUCCACUUACACUGUAAUUAUAGUUUUAUUUUUGUACAUUGUGAGACAAAUGAGAGUUCAAAUGAUUCUAUGUGCCAUGAACACUGGCUUUUAACUGGGGUCUUUCUCAGUGUUGUAUACUCUGGUCUUUUCAUGUUUGGAUCAGAACGUACCAUCAAUCUCAAAGCAAGAGCAGGUUUAGCGAGGAUAUGAACUUUUAUAAGCACUGAACUCAAGUUGGUAUGGCAGAGAUAUCGAUUCUCCAGUCAUCUGUUGUAAUGAAUGAGAACUUGUUUGCUUUUCGUUUGGUUUGCUUGCUACCCCUGAUCUCUCGCUAACUGGACGUGUCACGUGACCCAAGCUUUGAGGGAGUUCUUGCCACGCUUCACCAGUUUUGAAGCACGUGUGUGUGUGUUUGCGUGCUUGGUUUUUGUAUCCAGUACUGAGAAAUCAAUGUGAUCUGUAUAGAGACUGAUUACUGAGUUAUUUAAGCUGCCAAUGCAUCUUUAAUGACCUCUCAUGCAAGCUCUUAAUUAAAUCGAAAGCCCUUGUUGGUGGACACACACUUCCUCUUCAUGUAUUUGAGAGCAGUUACGAUAUUGGCUAGUGUUGUUGUGUUGUUGCAUUUGUGAUCAUUGUGUAGUUUUGUUGCGUUUCGUCACUAAAGAUACAAAUUCUCUGAGCAUAUCUAUAUCUGUAAUUAGUGUGAAUGUGAAAGGGGCAUGCUUAAAUCCAUGAGCAGUGUGUCUGUGUGUAGUGAUUUGAUGUUUUCUUGCUGAGGUGGCCUGGGAAACCAGGGUCACUUUGCGCCACUAUAAGCCAUGAGUAGUCAUUCUGCAGUCCUGUAUCCUGCUGACUCACCAAUGCUAAUAAAUAUGGAUUUAAUCCUGUCAUAUUUCA